AUGGAGAUCAAUCGCGACCCCGAGAAAGCGAUGUACCAGACGAGUUCGCUCGGAAAGCCCUCCGGACGAUCUCCCUCUCCAAUGGCGGACCCUAUCGUCAACUCCAGCACGGAGCAGUCAGACGACGAAUCCGGCCAAAAGCCAGACCCCCGCGACAUCUCACAAUGGCCCAUCACUCCAGAUAUACUACAAAUACGACAACGUAACGAGACCAAUGGUGGGAAAUCGAAGAAGCUGGGUGUGACAUGGCGGAACCUCACAGUAAAGGGCAUCAGCAGUGAUGCGCUUUACAACGAAAAUGUUCUCUCUCAAUUCAACCCAUUCGGGAAGGGCAGUAAGAGCCCACCCCUGAAGACUAUUAUUGACAACUCUUCUGGAUCCGUCAAACCCGGUGAGAUGUUGCUUGUUCUUGGAAAUCCAGGAGCCGGGUGCACAACACUGCUUAACGUUCUAUCAAACCACAGAAAUGGCUUUGCAGAGGUUACUGGCGACGUCUCGUUCGGUUCCAUGACCAGUCAAGAAGCCAAACAAUAUCGUGGUCAGAUCAUCAUGAACACAGAAGAGGAGAUCUUCUUCCCAGCUCUUUCAGUUGGUGACACCAUCGACUUCGCCACACGUUUGAAGGUGCCCUUCCACCUGCCACCGGAUAUCAAGAACGAGGAGGAGUACGCCCAAAUAUACAAAGAAUUUCUCUUGAAGUCUCUCGGUAUCACACACACAAUGGAUACCAAGGUCGGAGAUGAGUUCAUUCGUGGUGUUUCGGGUGGCGAGCGUAAGCGAGUGUCCAUUCUCGAAUGCCUUGCGACUAGAGGCAGCGUCUUCUCCUGGGAUAACUCCACUCGUGGUCUCGACGCGAGCACUGCGCUAGAUUGGACGAAAGCCAUACGCGCCAUGACAGAUAUUCUUGGUCUCACUACAAUUGCCAGUCUGUACCAAGCUGGUAAUGGCAUCUACGAGCAGUUCGACAAGAUUCUGGUUCUCGACAACGGCAAGCAGAUCUUUUACGGACCUCGAGAUGAAGCUGUGCCAUAUAUGGAGGAUCUUGGCUUCCUAUGCGACCCUGCAGCUAAUAAGUCGGAUUUUCUCACAAGCGUAUCGGUGGCUGCCGUACGCACAAUUGCCCCAGGCUUUAAGGACCGGUUUCCUCGAUCAACAGAUGAGCUGCUCGCUGCUUAUAACAAUUCGCCUAUCAAACCAAGGAUGAUGGCCGAGCUCGACUACCCCAAUAGCCCCGAAGCUCAGCAGAAUACGGCGGACUUCAAAGAACAGGAGACUCAAGACAAGCAUAAGAACCUCCCAAAGAAAGCCGCGGAGUCCGCAGGAUAUUUCCAUCAGGUGCAGACUGCUACUAUACGCCAAUUUCAGAUCAUCUGGGGCGACAAGCAAACGCUGUUCAUCAAGCAAGCCACAACUGUCGUUCAGGCGUUGAUCGGUGGCUCACUGUUCUAUAAUGCUCCGGAUAACACGGCGGGCUUGUUUAUCAAGGGAGGCUCACUCUUCUUUCUCUCUACUAUACCCUACCUUCAUCGCUCUCGCCGAGCCAAACACCGAGACUUCGCUCUCCACCAUCCAUCUGCCUUUGUCUUCGCCCAGGUUAUUACCGACAUCCCGAUCAUGCUCUUCCAAAUCUCGCACUUUGGAAUUGUGCUGUACUUCAUGACUGGAUUCCAGUACACCGCCCAGGCUUUCUUCAUCUUCUGGCUCAUCAACUUGAUCUCGGCCCUGGCUAUGACACAGCUGUUCAGGUUCAUCGGUGCCGCUUUCCCGAAUUUCGACGCAGCAACUAAAGCUUCUGGAUUCACCAUCGUCGCUGCCUUCACAUAUGCAGGAUACAUGAUUCCCAAGCCCGACAUGCACCCUUGGUUCGUGUGGUUCUUCUGGAUCGACCCCAUGGCCUACGCGUUCGAAGCAUUGCUCGCGAACGAGUUCCACGACCAGGUGAUUCCUUGUGUGGGCCCAUUCCUGGUUCCAAAUGGCGAAGGAUACAGCCCCGAAACAGGGGGCGGACAAGCAUGUACCGGCGUCCGUGGUGCGCCUCCUGGAGCAACCAGCGUUACUGGUGACCAAUACCUGGCUUCUAUGUCCUUGAGCCACAGCAACCUUUGGCGCAACUUUGGCAUUCUCUGCGCCUGGUACAUUUUCUUCGUGGCAAUGACCGUCUUCUUCACUUCCAGGUGGAAGCAGAUGGGCGAAGGUGGUCGCGGCCUCCUCAUUCCCCGUGAGAAGCAGAAGAAGGUACCUAAGGCCGAGUUUGCGGAUGAGGAAUCCCAGGUUGUCGAGAAGCGAUCCGAGAACUCCAGCUCCGAUUUUGAGAAGUCUGACGCAACCAUCGACAACCAACUCGUCAACAAUACAUCGGUCUUUACCUGGAAGAACCUGACUUACACCGUCAAGACGCCGCAUGGCGAUCGUCUUCUUCUCGACAACGUUCAAGGAUUUGUCAAGCCCGGUACGCUCGGUGCUCUUAUGGGAUCUUCAGGUGCCGGAAAGACUACACUGCUCGACGUUCUAGCUCAACGCAAGACUGACGGUACCAUUCAUGGCUCCGUUCUAGUCGAUGGUCGCCCACUCCCUGUGUCCUUCCAACGAUCUGCUGGCUACGUCGAACAGAUGGAUGUCCACGAGUCAUUGUCCACGGUGCGCGAGGCGUUGGAAUUCUCUGCUCUUCUUCGUCAGAAUCGUGAAACUCCCCGCGAGGAGAAGCUCCGCUAUGUGGACGCGAUCGUCAAGCUUCUACAGUUGGAAGAUCUCGAGCACACCCUCAUCGGUCGACCUGGUGCCGGUCUUUCUGUUGAACAGCGCAAGCGUCUCACAAUUGGUGUUGAGCUUGUAGCUAAGCCCAGUAUUUUGAUCUUCCUCGACGAACCUACUUCUGGUCUCGAUGGCCAAGCUGCAAACAACACGGUACGCUUCUUGCGCAAACUCGCGGAAGUCGGACAGGCUGUCCUCGUCACGAUUCAUCAGCCAUCGGCCGACCUCUUUGCCCGAUUCGACACCCUCCUCCUACUGGCGAAGGGUGGCAAGACCGUAUACUUUGGCGAUAUCGGCCAUGAUGCAAGGACCGUCAAGAAAUACUUCGCUGAUCAUGGCGCACCGUGCCCCCGAGAGGCCAACCCUGCUGAGCACAUGAUUGAAGUCGUAUCAGGAGGUCUUUCUAAGGGUAAGGACUGGAACCAAGUCUGGCUUAACUCGCCAGAACACAAGAAGAUCACUCAAGAGCUUGACACUCUUGUCGCCGAUGCUUCCGCCAAACCGCCUGGAACUGUCGACGAUGGCCAUCAAUUUGCAGCACCUAUGUGGGAGCAGGUAAAGCUUGUCACGCACCGCAUGAACAUCUCCUUGUUCCGCAACACCGAGUAUAUCAAUAACAAGUUCAUCUUGCAUAUACUUCUAUCUCUUUACAACGGCUUUUCGUUCUGGUCGAUUGGUAACAGCGUCAGCGAUCUCCAGCAACGCCUCUUCACGGUCUUCAGUUUCCUAUUUGUCGCCCCCGGUCUCAUCUCCCAGCUUCAGCCUAUCUUCAUCGAUCGUCGCAACGUGUAUGAGACGCGCGAGAAGAAGAGUAAGACCUACCACUGGGUGCCAUUCGUCACUGGCUUGAUUGUUUCUGAGCUGCCCUACCUGGUCGUCUGCGGUACGUUGUACUUUGUGUGUUGGUACUGGACUGCUGGAUUGCCAAAUGAUACCAAGUGGGCAGGCAGCACAUUCUUCGUCGCACUGUUUUACGAGUUUUUGUAUACCGGUAUUGGACAAUCGAUCGCCGCGUACGCUCCCAAUGCAACCUUUGCAUCUCUCGUCAACCCGCUGGUAAUCACCACCCUCGUAUCAUUCUGCGGUGUCUUCGUUCCUUACGCACAGAUCACGGCGUUCUGGAGAUACUGGCUCUACUACCUCGAUCCCUUCAACUACCUCUUCGGCGCCUUCCUCACCUUCACCACCUUCUCCAUCGAUAUCACUUGCGAGCGGGGCGAGCUUGCGAUCUUCGAUCCUCCUGCGAACGAGACUUGUGGCGACUAUCUCUCCACAUAUCAGCAGGGCAUGGGACGUGGCACGAACCUUCUGAACCCAGGCGCUACGGAGAACUGCGAGGUGUGCCGAUACACUACUGGACAAGACUACUUGAGAACACUCAACUUGAACGAAGAGUACUACGGCUGGAGGGAUGCGGGGCUGGUUGUAUUGUUCGCUGUAGUGUUCUACGCCUUGGUGUUCUUGAUGAUGAAGUUGCGAACCAAGGCGACGAAGAGGGCGUCUGCGUAG